GUUGUCAGUAGUCCGGAGGCCGCAGCGUCCGGUCGGAGUCUUAGGGGCUGCAGCGACCGGGAGUGCCCCCGCCCCCCUCCCCACUCCGUUUGAAGUGAAAUUGGAUGUUUACAGAAGCCCGGGCAGUAUAAUAAAGAAAAGCAACCACAACAAUUCCUUCCUGUGUGUUGGAACAUUUAAGAAAGGACAGCUGUGAAACCUGUGUACCAUGGAAAGGACCUGGCCUCAGCUGGUUGGGACUACAGACCUGAUGGGUGUCAUGUGAUUCUUCUGGGGAGCUGCUGCUUGAGUGGAAAUGCUCUCAGCGGUGGAGAAUGGACUGGACCCCCGGGCUGCCAUCCCGCCUGUACUCGUUUUGCUACACAGAUAUGUAGAUUUGUGCAUGCAUGUGGACCCAUGAGUUUGGCCACAGGAAGAGUCACAUUGCAGGGGUCGCCACAGGAGCCUCUAAAGGCCUGUGUUAUGUCUGGCGCCACCCAGGUCAUCAAGAAGAAGCUAGUGGGCUCCGUGAAGGCACUGCAGAAGCAGUACGUGUCCUUGGACACAGCAGUCACAAGUGAAGACGGAGAUGCCAACAGCAUGUGCAGCGCCCUGGAAGCCGUCUUCAUCCACGGCCUGCACACCAAGCACAUCCGAGCCGAGGCCGGAGGGAAAAGGAAGAAAAGUGCCCACCAGAAGCCUCUGCCUCAGCCCGUCUUCUGGCCCCUCCUGAAAGCUGUCACCCACAAACACAUCAUCUCGGAAUUGGAGCACCUGAUCUUCGUGAGCACGGAUGUGGGCCGCUGCCGGGCCUGGCUGCGGCUGGCCCUCAAUGACGGCCUGAUGGAGUGCUACCUGAAGCUGCUGCUGCAGGAGCAGGCCCGCCUGUGCGAGUACUAUCAGCCCACGGCCCUGCUCCGUGACGCCGAGGAGGGCGAGUUCCUCCUGAGCUUCCUGCAGGGCCUGACGUCCCUGUCCUUCGAGCUCUCCUACAAGUCUGCCAUCCUAAACGAGUGGACGCUCACCCCGCUGGCCCUCUCCGGGCUCUGCCCGCUCUCGGAGCUCGACCCCCUCACUACCUCUGGAGCGGAACUACAGCGGAAGGAGUCUCUGGAUUCCAUCUCCCAUUCCUCAGGCUCGGAGGACAUCGAGGUCCAGCACUCGGGCCAUAAGAUCCGACGGAACAGGGGGCUCACGGCCUCCUCCCUCAGUCUGGACACGGCCAGUUCGUCUCAGCUCUCUUGCAGCCUCAACUCUGACAGCUGCCUGCUCCAAGAGAAUGGCUCCAAGAGUCCAGACCGUUCCGAGGAGCCCAUGUCCUGCGACUCAGACCUGGGGACGGCAAAUGCUGACGAUUCGGACCCGUCUCUGCAAGAGGUGUUGUCAGAAUUCAGCAAAGCCCAGGUGAACUCUGUGCCAACCAACAGACUGAGCCACGAAGCGGAGGUUCCCACGCUGCAGGCCUUGCUCGCCCUCCGCGGCCUGGACACCAGCACACCCCUGCGCCUUGAGGUACCUGCAGAGUCCCGCCCCGCCCAAGCAUCCCCUGGGACUCGAGAUGGGGACCGCAAGCAGGAGCCGCUUUCCCAGGCACCUGGCGCCCUGGGCUGGCCACAGCCGGGCAGUGCCCAAGCUGUCCUUUUGGGGAGCACUUCAGGCCAGCAGCCUCCUAGUCCUGUGAGGGAGGCGACCAGAGCAGUCGGCCAAGGAAGUGGCCAGCGGAAGCUUCCGGAGGAGGAUGGACCUCGGCUGAGCCUUGUGGUUCCUUUGCCCACCAGUCCGAAAAGCACGAGCUGGAUCUCAGAAGAUGACUUCUACCGGCCUCCCCGGGAACAGCCCGCAGAGAGUCCUUCCCAUGAUUCCGUGGCUUCUCCCAGAGGGACUCCAGAGCCGAGGCCUGGUCUCCUCACGCAAGGACCAAGAAGAAGCUGUUCCAUGGAGGCCUUAGACAAAGCUUGUGUGCCUUCCCUAGGAAGCAGGAGAAGCAAGGCCGCCCCGACACCGGAGCAUAAGAACUUCAGGGUGGUGCAUCGCAGGCAGAUGGGGCUGUCUAACCCAUUCCGGGGGCUUCUGAAGCUGGGCACGGUGGAGCGGCGGGGGGCCAUGGGCAUCUGGAAGGAGCUCUUCUGCGAGCUCUCCCCGCUGGAGUUGCGCCUCUACCUGAGCGGCGAGGAGCACACCUGCGUGGAGAACUGCUCCCUGCUGCGCUGUGAGUCCGUGGGCCCGGCCCACGGCGACGGCCGCUUCGAGCUGGUCUUCUCGGGCAAGAAGCUGACCCUGCGCUCCUCGUGCCGCGAUGAAGCCGAGGACUGGCUGGACCGUGUGCGCGAGGCGCUGCAGAAGUGCCGGCGGCCCCAGCAGGAGGAGGAGUGGGUGACCAUCCAGUACCCAGACCAGCCCGAGGACCCUCCAGAGGCCCCCCAGGGUGGCUGCGCCUCCCACUCGGACCUGCUCUCGGAAACCCCUGAAACCCCCCAGGGCCCGCAGUUUGACUGGUCUUCUUCCCAGGUUCCCGAGCCUGAUGCUAUUAAGGAAUCCCUUCUGUACCUGUACACAGACCGGACCUGGAUGCCCUGUAUCUUCUCCCUGUCCUUGGAGUCUCUGAAGUGCUUCCGCGUGAGAAACAAUGAGAAGAUGUUAAGUGACAGCCAUGGAGUCGAGACCAUCCGAGAUAUCUUGCCGGACACGAGCCUUGGAGGCCCAUCCUUCUUCAAAAUCAUCACGGCCAAGGCCGUCCUGAAGCUGCAGGCCGGGAACGCUGAGGAGGCCGCCCUGUGGAGGGACCUGGUGCGCAAGGUCCUGGCGUCCUACCUGGAGACAGCUGAGGAGGCAGUGACACUCGGUGGGAGUCUGGAUGAAAACUGUCAGGAGGUGCUGAAGUUCGCCACGCGGGAGAACGGCUUCCUGCUGCAGUACCUGGUGGCCAUCCCCACGGAGAAAGGCCUCGACUCCCAGGGCUGCUUCUGUGCAGGCUGCUCCCGGCAGAUCGGCUUCUCGUUUGUACGGCCCAAGCUCUGUGCCUUCUCUGGCCUCUAUUACUGUGACAUCUGCCAUCAAGACGAUGCCUCAGUGAUCCCGGCCAGGAUCAUCCACAACUGGGACCUCACCAAGCGCCCGGUCUGCAGGCAGGCCCUGAAGUUCCUGACGCGGAUCCGGGCCCAGCCCCUCAUCAACCUGCAGCUGGUGAACGUGUCUCUGUACGAGCACGUGGAGCGGAUGCACCUCAUCGGUAGGAGCCGGGAACAGCUGAAGCUCCUGGGGGAUUACCUGGGCCUGUGCCGAAGCGGAGCCCUGAAGGAGUUGAGCAAGAGACUCAACCACAGGAAUUAUCUCUUGGAGUCUCCUCACAAGUACAGUGUCGCGGACCUCCAGCAGAUCGCAGACGGGGUGUAUGAAGGCUUCCUCAAGUCCCUGAUCGAGUUUGCCUCCCAGCACGUCUACCACUGCGACCUGUGCACCCAGCGCGGCUUCAUCUGCCAGAUCUGCCACCACCAUGACAUCAUCUUCCCCUUUGAGUUUGACACCACAGUCAGGUGUGGCGAAUGCAAGACCGUCUUCCACCAGAGCUGUCAGGCCGUGAUGAAGAAGGGCUGCCCCCGCUGUGCCCGCCGGCUCAAGUACCAGCAACAGAGCACUCUCGCCUAACCCCAUUUCCUGCCCCCACCCGGGACCCGGGGCUCAGCCAUCCCAGCUGGGUUGGCCAUCAGCCUGGGUCACACUUUCAAGGUGUCACAGAUGUCUCCCUUGUCAGGAAGACUCAGAUGUGACCAGAGCAUGAGCCUAUGAGAGGAAGCCUUGGGAGCUCUUGAUGACACCUCCUGCCCCCCACCCAUCUGGAGGCCAGGACACCAGCAAAUGCCCCUGUCCGAGGAUGUGGGAGGAGAGGGGGCUUUGCACUAAUUGGCCUGGAUCGCCUCACUGACGCACCAUCUCCAUUAGGGCUGUUCAAACACUGUGGAAAUAAGACUUGGGAAGCAUUUUCAAUUCCACAUUCCUGAUUAAAAGGCCUAGUUUUUUUAAGGUGGGUUUUUUCCCUUCAUAUUUCAACAGAAAAUAUUUUUUUAUUCUUGACCCUCCACAAGUCACCCAAGAAAUCCAGCCACUCUCACCCUGAGCAAAUGUGCAGGAAGCGCUCAGGCCAGGCCUGUAGGCGGGUGGCGGCUGGGUGGACAGGCCCCCUAGGACAGAGCCUGCCAGCUGGCGGGCGCCUUUCCUUCCCCCUUACCGAGCGCUCGCUGCCGACAGCUCCUGUACAACGUGCCAAACCCCCGGGGGGCAGGGCAGGCUCAGUCCUGAGGACCAUGUGUUUCCUCUGCCUCUCCUCUCUGCUCCCCACCCCCUCCUCACCCGAAAAGCCCCUCACGUCCUCCUUGUCAGAGCCCCUGGCUCUCCUAUGGCCUGGGAUCUUGGUCCCGCAGGAGGAGGGGAAUGACGCGGAGCCAGCACUGUCAGCACUUUGAGCCUUCCCUGGUCCAGGGAGGGUCGUCAUCUAGCCCACCCUCAGCCCCCACCCUCCUCACUCCUACCACCGACAAGCAGCCAGACGGGCGGGGGACUGCUGCAGACGCAGGAACGCAUCCCCGCCUGACUGACCCCCGCCAGGACAACCCUCAGAACCCUCGUCCUUCCACGAAGAGCGUCAGCCCUGCUGCUGAGAUGUGCAGGGACACGCGGGAGAAGCCACCCUCGUGGAAGGAUGCUCAGCCUCAGUUUACAAAGCCAUGAGAGUUCACAAAGCUUUGCUGGACUGGCCCAGGAGGGGCGCUGCCGAGAGACUGGAAAAUUUCACUGGAGCACGACUGCCUUUUGAAGGGGUCUUGGGGUGGAGCCUGGAAUUGUUUUCAAAGUGAUAUUUAGACCCUUGGGGUUGGGGGGUGAAAUCUGGGCAUGAUUUCUCUGUUGCCUCCCCCCCCACCUCUCCUGGAUCCUCAGCCCUGGGGUCUUCUGGCCAUCCUAUCUGCACUCAGCUUGGAUUGGGGGCCUCAGGUGGAGAUCCGCCUUCACUGUCAAGAUGCGAACCUACUCCCGCCUCCCCCUUGGGCUGAUCUGGUUGCUGAGUCACCUGCCCGGCCCUGUGGAGCUGGAUGAAUUGUGCAAUAGAAUCGAGGAGGUGGCAGGCGGGUGGGGGAGCGGGCUGUCACACAGCUGCUCUGUCCCCAUCCCGGAAGAUGGUGCACACCUGUGCCCAGCGCACCAAAGAAAGUGGAUCCUUACCCCCAUCCCCACCCCCCAUAGCCAGCAUUAAUGCUCCACCACAGACACAGCCUGAUCAGAGCCGUAAUUGGUCCAGAUCGCUGAGUGGGCCUGGGGUGGGCAGUGCCGCCUGAGCCAAGCCCUGUUUCCUCGGGCCUGUGAGUAUAUUCUGUAUUCCGGAAGGUCCCUAGGAGGCAGCAGGAGUGAGGCCCUGGAGGAGCUCACUUCGGCCUGACGGGGCCUGGCACGCCCCGCAGCCCGCCCUCCCUGAGAUCAGUAGCAUUAGAGCUGACCCUCCCCCAUACCAAAAAGCAGCUGAUGCCUUCAGAUGAGUUGACUUUUAACACCCUCACCGCCAAUGGGAAGCUGAUGUGAACCUCGGUAGCGCCCACACUAUUUUUAAAAUUUCAUUUUAUGCAAUAAACUGUUUCUAGUGAGGGGCCCCGGCCCUGAGAAGUGCUUUGCAAUGCACCGAAGGACCUGCUGUGUGAGUUUUGAAUGAUUUUGCAGUAAAGACCUGAUCUUUCUAACCUGUGGUCUGGUUUCUG